GAUUAGGCACAUUACUGUUCGGAAAACACUCUAUUAGCAAUCAAAGCAGCCAAUUCCAUUUUAUGGUUGUCACUUCUAUCCGUUGCCAUUGUCACCGACGUCGUCGUCCGUCGCCGCUUGCUGUGAUUAGCUCGUCAAAUUUUGGACAAUCUAGCUAGAUUUAUUAGGGUCGUUCAUUUUACAGUCCAAACGACGGGGGGUGGCGGAAUCUUGAAUAUAAAGUGAAAGUGAUUGGACAAAACAUUGCUGUGAUUUAUUGCGCUUUGUGUUUGUGUUUGUGUGUGUGUGUGCGAGUGCAGGGAAAAUCGUUCGGAAUUUGUCUACGUAAGCAUAUAACAGGGUACUUGGAUUUAAAUCGGAUUACUACGGGGAAAAGAGUCGUACAUGUCUUAGGCUAAAUUUUUCUGAAGUUUAGUACGUUCCGAAGGAAAACAACGGGUGUUAUUUUGGAACCAUUUGUGACUCACAGAAAAAAAAGAACGACGCACAUCGCACUGUAGGCAACAAUGCCCCCUCCACUGAAACAACGUGAACCACCGGAAGAGGACGAGGAAGAGGAGGCUGCCGAAGUGAAUUUUCCGGAAUUUGAUAAAAGCCCGGCGUUCAUCCACGUGCUGCUGCUGAACAAAACCCUCCGGCUGUUUGUGAUCCUGGGCUUAGCGGCAAUUGUUAUUCCAGCCUUUGCCUACCUGUUCUUUUUCUCCCAGGAAAUCGGUCACGCACCGAAGCAACAGCUCGUGGGAACAUGUGGCCAUCCAACGCUUUACCACAUCCAGUGUGGAUUCUCACACAUUCCCCAGCACGAAUGCCACCGGCUGGGUUGUUGCUUCACCAGUCUCUCGACAUGUUACCACUCCCUGCCGUCGGAACAUCAGUACCAGCUGGAUGGCGAUUGGUUCGAUGGGGCAUUCCUUGCUCCCACUCGAAACCUCACUCCUUACCUAACGACACCGGUGCCCAAAAUCCAAGUUCACUUGAAUGUGCUGCAGCUGACCCGGAUUCAAUUAUCACUAACCACGGUUCCGCAGGAAGCGGCCCGGCAACAGUCACGCGGACAAAUCAACAUAUUGGAAACUGAUGAGCUGCAGGCUCGCAUCUACAGUCCCACGUUUUUCGUGGAAGUGAAACGCAAGUCCAACGAGGAGAUUAUUUUCUCCACUGCCCGGGGGCCACUCGUCGUGACGGAGGGCUUCAUCGAAUGGACCCUACAUCUGGGGGUGGAUAUUCUGUUCGGAUUGGGGGAGGCUUUGCUAGAACCGGGUAGGAAAUAUCUGCUGCUUAACAAUCAGAACGCGUCCGCCGUGCCGGUCGUCAUGGGAUACAACAUGAAAACAAAUCAAUUCAACGGCAUCGUCUUCAGCACGCCUGGUCUCACCGAGAUUGAAAUCGUUCGCUCCCGGCUCAUCGUCGUCCGUUCCCAGUUCACCGGCCAAUUCGAGUUGGAGCUCCUAUCCGGUCCCAAUCCAGCUGACCUACACCAGCAACUGAAAACUAUCUCCCAGAACCACUACCAGCCCCCCUUUUGGUCCUACGGAGUUCAUGUUUGCGAUGAAUCGCGAAACUCCACCCUACCCUCCAUCCGAUCCGCCGUUGAAACCAUGCUCUCCGAUGGCAUCAUCUUCGAUUCCCACUGCAUCGACGACGAUAUGUUUUGGUUGUCGAACACGAUGGCCAUAACCAUGCAAUUGGAAGAGAUAAUGCAGCUUCUAUCCAACAACAGCAAACGGUUCGUCCCGUCGGUUGUCAUGGUACUGGAACCGACGGGUAAUUCCGUUUACACCACUGCCCGCACCUACGGCCUACUGCUGCGAAGUGCGUACAACAUUGCAUCGUACCGAGGGGUGGUUCGCAAUCGUACCGCAGUCUACUUGGAUUGGCGCACGGAGCGUCACGAGAUGACACUGUGGCUGGAUCAGACGUGGACGAGCGUACGGAACUUGAACGCUUCCGGGUAUAGUUUGAAGGAGGGCUCUUUGCGGGAUGAUGGGAACAAAACCUACCCAAGCAGAAGUCAGUUGACGUAUCUACCAGAAAGGUUGAACAGCUCGAUUGCGGAUUUGAUUCGAUGGGAUACAAAGCUUUCGAACAGUAUGGAGAUGGUGGUUAGGAGUCAGAACCGGAUGGGACCGGAGAUGGUGAGGAGAGUUGAGCGGAAGGUGGAAGAGGGGAGUUUGUUGAUUACAGGAACAUAUGAUUUGAAGACGAAGGCAGCGAUCGUGGCGCAGAACGUUUCCGGGACGUGGAUAUCGCUGAGGACUGAGGUGAAUCGAGCAAUUGGACUAUCCUUAGCGGGGCUAAGCUUCAUUGGAACGCCGAUCUGUGGCAAUGCAAGGGAUAAUGUUACGGAGGAAUUGUGCAUCCGGUGGUACCAGUUUGGGUCGCUCCUGCCACUGUUCAAGGUCUCCGAAGAUCGCAUGCCGAAUCGCUUUAGCAAAUUUGCCGAACGAAUCAUGCUGUCGUCGAUAAGAAAGCGAUAUGCCUUGUUGGAGUACAUAAAUACGUUGAUUGUGACGAAUUCGCCAUAUCUAAGGCCGAUGUACUAUCACUAUGAGGAAGCACGCAACUACACGACCGAGCUGUGGGAGCAGUUCAUGGUUGGGGAUUCACUUCUGGUGGCUCCCGUAUUGCUACCGCAAAUGACGCAGAUCGAUAUCUACUUUCCGGAGACGUUCUACGAAUUGUGGGCCGGAGGAGAGCUGCCAACAAACGAUGUGCUGCAGUAUGCGGUCGUAGAGUCUGAUUUACCGAUGUUCUUAAGACCAAGCUGCGUCGUUGGUUUGAGGCAAAUCUCCGAUCAAGUACUGGGAAUCGAUGAGGCACGUCUUCAGCCCAUGUAUCUGACCGGAGCUGUCGGUUGCAAUAUUAGGAAGACGAAAUGCGAAGCAGCCGGGACUUUGCUGUUCACGAACGGAUUCGGCCUGAGCUUUCACAUCACGCUGGAACAGGAACUCGUGGUCCGCAUUCGAUUGACGCUUGUGAGCGAGUCGCUCAAAAGUUUAGCUUGUUCCCCCGCAGAAAAGUCCCUAUCCGGAGAAGUGCUAUUUGUUCAGUUGUACGGCCACCCGAACCGCACGGACCCACUGGUGGAGCAGCUCAACUUUGACCUGUGCCAACUGACGGCAACGGAAAUGGAAAGCGUCUAUCGCUUUGAAAAUAACGACCGAGAAGUGGAAGUCCCUUAAUAUGUUCCUGUUUAAUAAAUUUACUGCUGUGU